AAUCCUGAACUGAUUCACAGGCAGCUCUCGGUAACACUGUGCUCCCCCUCCCCCCACCCUGUAUCCAGACAGCUGCCAGGUGGGGAGGAAGUAAGGAAGCUGUGGGGAUUGGCUGGCUUAGCCUGGCCCCUGGCAGCUUCCUCUAGAUCUGGGGUCAGACCCAGCCAUCCCAGGAGGAGAGCAGAAGAAGUUGUGUGGGACAAGCCAGCCCACACAGAAGGAUUCACCCUCCACCCCAUCUGAUCACGGGAUGCUGGAGCUGAGCCUGUCCUGGCUGGGACUCGGGCCAGUGGCAGCCUCCCCGUGGCUGCUGCUGCUGCUGGUCGGGGCCUCCUGGAUCCUGGUCCGCGUCCUGGCCUGGACCUACACCUUCUAUGACAAUUGCUGUCGCCUCCGAUGUUUCCCACAGCCCCCCAAACGUAACUGGUUCUUUGGUCACCUGGGUCUGAUUCAGAGCUCAGAGGAAGGUCUCCUGUACACACAGGGCCUGACCAGCACCUAUGGGGAUGCAUGCUGCUGGUGGAUGGGGCCCUGGCACCCAAUCAUCCGCAUCUUCCACCCCACCUGCAUCAAGCCUGUGCUCUUUGCUCCAGCUGCCGCUGCACCCAAGGAUGUGGUCUUCUACGACUUUCUGAAGCCCUGGCUGGGGGAUGGGCUCCUGCUGAGUGCUGGUGACAAGUGGAACAGGCACCGUCGCCUGCUGACGCCCGCCUUCCACUUCAACAUCCUGAAGCCCUAUAUGAAGAUUUUCACCAAGAGCACAGACAUCAUGCAUGCCAAGUGGCAGCGUCUAAUCACAGAGGGCCACACACAUCUGGACAUGUUUGAACACAUCAGCCUCAUGACCCUGGACAGUCUGCAGAAAUGUGUCUUCAGUUAUGAGAGCAAUUGCCAAGAGAAGCCCAGUGAUUAUAUCGCGGCCAUCUUGGAGCUCAGCGCGCUUGUGGCAAAACGGUGUCAGCAGCUCUUCCUGCACAUGGACUUCCUGUAUUACCUCACCCUUGAUGGGCGACGCUUCCGCAGGGCCUGCCGCCUGGUGCACGACUUCACAGAUGCCGUCAUCCAGGAGCGGCGCCGCACCCUCCCCAAGGAAGGUAUUGAGGACUUCCUCAAGGAAAAGGAGAAGACCAAGACUUUGGACUUUAUUGAUGUACUCCUGCUGACCAAGGAUGAAGAUGGGAAGGGAUUAUCAGAUGAAGACAUCCGAGCUGAAGCUGACACCUUCAUGUUUGAAGGCCAUGACACCACAGCCAGUGGCCUCUCCUGGGUCCUGUACAACCUUGCAAAACACCCAGAAUAUCAGGAGCGCUGCCGGCAGGAAGUGCGAGAGCUCCUGAAGGACCGUGAGUCUAAAGAGAUUGAAUGGGACGACCUGACUCAGUUGCCCUUCCUGACCAUGUGCAUCAAGGAGAGUCUGCGGUUGCACCCCCCAGUCACCGUCAUCUCUCGCUGCUGUACCCAGGACAUCAUGCUUCCAGACGGCCGGGUCAUCCCCAAAGGUGUUAUCUGCCUCAUCAGUAUUUUCGGGACCCACCACAACCCAUCUGUGUGGCCAGACCCUGAGGUCUAUGACCCCUUCCGCUUCGAGCCAGAAAACAUCAAGGGGAGGUCACCUCUGGCUUUUAUCCCCUUCUCAGCGGGUCCCAGGAACUGCAUCGGGCAGACAUUCGCCAUGACCGAGAUGAAAGUGGUCCUGGCGCUCACGCUACUGCGCUUCCGCGUCCUGCCAGAUGAGGAGGAGCCUCGCCGGAAGCCAGAGCUGAUCCUGCGCGCGGAGGGCGGACUUUGGCUGCGGGUGGAGCCGCUGAGCGCCGGGCACCAAUGACGCAUCCACCUUCUGGCCUGAGAUCCGCCAUAACCAUAGACACCUCACUUCAGAUUCCCAGGAAUAAAUCUGGGACUUCGCUGGCAGUGCAGUGGUUAAGACUUUGUGCUUCCACUGCAAGGGGCACGGGAUCCUGAUCCGGGAGCUCACGUCUGUCCCAAGCCUCACUGAGAGCCAGCAGGGGGUCCCUGGGGCCUAGACAGAUCCAGGCCGAUGGGUGCCGCUGUGAACCUGGCGGGGGAGGCGGGGGGAGGCGGGGGGAGGGUGGGGGAAUGGGGGCAAAUUUUGUUAUGAUACUGAAGCUCCAUCUUGGAUCAUGACGACAACAUGACUUUUUAAGGAAGGUGAAGCAGAGAGCUAGAUGCAGUCAGGGUCAGAUGACCCUGGAUCCACCACUCCCUCCUUACAAACGUUUGCCAUUUUUAGCUAUUUGGCUGGGUUGGGGAAAAUCUCUCUCUAAGCCUCAGUGCCUUUAUUACAUAAUAGUAGCCACCUUGCGAUGUUGUGGAGAUUUAUGAAAAGCUUGUGCAGAGUCCAAAAGUCUGUUCUGUACAUCUGUGUCUCUUUUUCUGUUUUGCAUAUACGGUUAUCAUUACCAUCUUUCUAAAUUCCGUAUAUACUACAAUAUUGUAAAGUAAUUAGCCUCCAACUAAUAAAAAUUAAAAAAAUAAAAAUAGUGAGAAAUGGACCAAAAAAAAAAAAAAAAAGAAAAGAAAAGCUUGUGCAAAAUGACUGACUCAGUAUCUGGUAAGCAUCCCUACUGAAUGUGCGUUCAUUUCCACACUUGUUUUUGCAUCACUUUUUCACAUUUAAAAUGCUUUAAAGUCAUAAAAGUUACACUGAAGUUUGGAGACAUGCGGAAACCUGCUGUUGAAGAAACCUGCCGUUAGAAGAUUCAGCAAAUUCAAAUUCUCCAUAGUUAGAUCUGUUACACAGUUACAGGCUGCUCUGCUGUGAAACAGACCUGAAGCUAAGAACCAAAAAGAAAAAUUUUCCCUCAGAGAGGCAUGACCCAGGACUUCAUUUUCAUCAGGAUGUUCUAGGAAGCGGAGGUGAAGAGAGUCCUCAAUAGUGAGAGAAGGUGGAGGGGGCAGGAGUGGGGCCACUUCCUUCAGCACCUGGGACAGCAGCUGCUCCAGGACUAGCCCCACUGAGGUGGCAGGGGGUCCUGGGAUGGUCUUAGUAUCAGACCCUUUUGGGGUUCUACAAGCUGGGGUCAGAAGACUUAAUGGUUGAAUAAUAAGAAAUAAAUCCUAUAUC